AAACUUGAACCCCAAGUGCGCGAGCGGCUCGUGGUGGCAUGGGGCCGGCGCCUGCCGGAGCGGCUGGGGAGCUGGAGGUGAUGGAGCCAAUGCUGGAAGGCGCAGUCAAGAAAAAGAAGAAAGUGUCUUUGAAGAGACGGGUGGAGGCAAGGUCUCCGGCAGAGGGCCUCUUGCAGCCGGUGAAGCUCAGCCGGGCGGAACUGUACAAGGAACCCACCAGUGAGGAGCUGAACCGCCUUCGGGAGACCGAGAACCUGUUCCAUUCCAGCCUGCUGCGCUUACAGGUUGAGGAGUUACUAAAGGAAGUGAGCCUGUCAGAGAAGAAGAAGGAGCGCAUUGAUGCCUUCCUACGGGAGGUCAACCAGCGGAUCCUCAGGGUGCCCUCAACCUCUGAGACUGAGCUGACAGACCAGGCAUGGCUCCCAGCCGGGGUUCGAGUACCUCUCCACCAAGUGCCUUAUACUGUGAAGGGAUGUUUUCGCUUCCUGCCCCCUGCCCAAGUCACCGUCGUGGGAAGCUACCUUCUGGGUACCUGCAUCCGGCCAGAUAUCAAUGUGGAUGUAGCACUGACCAUGCCCAGGGAGAUCCUACAGGACAAAGAUGGGCUGAACCAGCGUUACUUCCGCAAACGCGCCCUCUACCUGGCCCACUUGGCUCAACACCUGGCCCAAGACCCCUUCUUUGGCAGCGUCUGCUUCUCCUACAGCAAUGGCUGCCACCUGAAACCGCUGCUGCUGCUGAGGCCACACGGAAAGGAUGAGCGUCUAGUCACUGUACGCUUGCACCCCUGCCCUCCGCCUGACUUCUUCCGCCCUUGCCGCCUGCUGCCAACCAAAAACAAUGUGCGCUCUGCCUGGUACCGAGGUCAGAGUACUGACGGGAGCCCCGGAGAGCCCCCUACACCCCACUACAACACAUGGGUCCUGCAGGACACAGCCCUAGAGGCCCACGUGCAGCUGCUGUCCACUGUGCUGGGCUCGGGCCCAGGCCUGAAGGAUGGCGUGGCUCUUCUGAAGGUCUGGCUGCGGCAGCGGGAGCUGGACCAGGGUCUGGGUGGGUUCAGCGGGUUCCUGAUCUCCAUGCUGGUGGCCUUCCUCGUGUCCACUCGCAAGAUUCACACCACCAUGAGUGGCUACCAGGUCCUGAGAAGCACCUUGCAGUUUCUGGCUACCACGGAUCUGACAGUCAAUGGCAUCAGUUUAUGUCUCAACUCAGAUCCCUCCUUGCCCGCCCUGGCUGACUUCCACCAGGCCUUUCCUGUUGUCUUCUUGGACUUCUCCGGCUGCCUCAAUGUCUGUGCUGAUGUCACUGCUUCCACUUACCACCAGGUGCAACACGAGGCACAGCUGUCCAUGGCGCUGCUGGACAGCCAAGCUGAGGACAGCUUCCAGCUGCUGUUGAUGACCCCCAAACCCAUGGUCCGGGCUUUUGACCACAUCCUGCAUCUCCGCCCAGUAAGCCGACUGCAGGCAGCAUGUCACCGGCUAAAGCUGGGGCCUGAGCUGCAAGACUAUGGUGGGGACUAUGUCUCAGCUGCACUGGGCCCCCUGACCACCCUCUUGGAGCAGGGCCUGGGGUCUCGGCUGCACCUGCUGGCUCACUCUCGGCCCUCAGUCCCCAAGUGGGAAAUCAGCCAGGACCCUCCGAAGCACAAAGACACGGGGGUCCUGACCCUGGGGCUGCUCCUCCGGCCUGAGGGGCUGGCCAGUGUCCUUGAGAUGGGUCCAGAGGCUGACCAGCCUGAGGCUGCUGCCUUCCGCAAGUUGUGGGGACCCCGCUCGGAGCUCCGGCGGUUCCAAGAUGGGGCCAUUCGGGAAGCUGUGGUCUGGGAGGCAGCCUCAGUGGCUCAGAAACGCCUGAUUCCCCGGCAGGUGGUCACCCACCUCCUAGCACAUCAUGCAGAUAUCCCAGAGACCUGUGUCCACUAUGUGGGGGGCUUCCUGGAUGCCUUGAUCCAAGGUCCUAAGGAGACCUCAGGCACAGGGGAGGAGGCCCUGGCCGCUGUUGUGCGCUGCUACGAUGACCUGAGCCGCCUGCUGUGGGGACUGGAGGGCCUCCCGCUGACUGUGUCUGCCGUUCAGGGGGUUCACCCAGUACUGCGCUACACGGAGGUGUUCCCACCCACGCCUGCCUGGCCGGCCUACUCCUACUACGAGCGCCUGCGGAAGCAGGCCUCACUGGUGCCCCGGCCCGACAAGCCCUGCCCAGCCUAUGUGGAGCCCAUGACUGUGGUAUGUCACCUGGAGGGCAGUGGGCAGUGGCCGCAGGAAGCCGAGGCUGUAAGGAGGGUCCGAGCUGCCUUCCAGCUACGCCUGGCUGAGAUCCUGACGCAGCAGCACGGGCUGCAGUGCCGGGCCACGGCCACCCACACAGACGUCCUCAAGGAUGGCUUCGUGUUCCGAGUGUGCGUGGCCUAUCAGCGGGAGCCCCAGCUCCUGAGGGAGAUGCGUAGCCCCGAGGGCAUGAUCACACUGCGGGACACGCCUGCUUCCCUCCGCCUGGAGAGGGACACGAAGCAGCUGCCCCUGCUCACCAGUGCCCUGCACGGAGUCCAACAGCAGCACCCAGCCUUCUCGGGGGCGGCCCGGCUGGCCAAGCGGUGGGUGCGCGCCCAGCUCCUAGGCGAGGGCUUCUCGGAUGAGAGCCUGGACCUGGUGGCUGCUGCCCUGUUCUUGCACCCAGAGCCCUUCUCCCCACCCAGCUCCCCCCAGGUUGGCUUCCUUCGGUUCCUCCACCUGGUAUCAACUUUUGAUUGGAAGAACAGUCCCCUUGUUGUCAAUCUCAACAACGAGCUCAACGUGGAGGAUCAGGCCGAGAUGCGCAGUGGCUUCCUGGCAGCCCGGACACGGCUUCCUGUCAUGGUCAUCUUUACCCCUCAGGACCGCAAGAGCUCUAUGUGGACACAGGAUGGACCUUCAGUCCAGAUCCUGCAGCAGCUCGUGGUCCUGGCAGCUGAGGCUCUGCCCAUCCUGGAGAAGCAGCUGCUGGAUCCCUGGGGGCCUGGGGACAUCAGGACGGUGUUCCGGCCACCCCUGGACAUGUACGAUGUGCUAAUCCGCCUGUCUCCCCGUCACAUUCCCCGGCAUCGCCAGGCUGUAGACUUGCCGGCGGCCUCCUUCUGCCGGGGCCUGUUCACUGAGCCCCGGCCCUCGCUCUUGAUGCCAGUGCUGGGCUAUGACCCUCCCCAGCUCUAUCUGGCACAGCUCAGGGCGGCCUUUGGGGAUCUGGCGCUCUUCUUCUAUGACCAGCAUGGCGGAGAGGUGAUCGGUGUCCUCUGGAAGCCCUCCAGCUUCCAGCCCCAGCCCUUCAAGGCCUCCGGCAUGAAGGGGCGCAUGGCAGUGUCUCGUGGCGGGGAGCUGGCGAUGGUGCCCCACGUGGAGGCCAUCCUGGAGGACUUCGCUGUGCUGGGUGAGGGCCUGGUGCAGGCCGUGGAGGCACGGAGUGAGAGGUGGGCUGUGUAAGCCCCAGUAACAGCACCUGAGGGCUCUGGAGCCAGAUGUUGGUGGGCUGGCUGCUUCAUGCUCAUCACCUAUGGACUCUCCACUUUGCCCUGAUUCCUGGGGACCCCAGGACCCAUCAGUCUGAACCCCUAGAAGAGGAGGAGGAACCGUCUUGGAAGGAACAGAGCCUGGGUCCAUUGGUCACCUACUGCUUUGGACCUACACCAUUUUCUUCUCUUAGCCUGCUCCCAGGACCAAAUCUGCCCUUCCCACUGCUAGACGGGCCUAGCCCACAAGUGCCUGCAGGGCCUGGGCAGAAGGGGUGGCGCUUCCUGAGGGGCACCGGCUGCCCCAGUGAGUGAUGGAAAGGGGCUGUGUGGGUCUGAAUGGGCCACAUUGAAGGGACACAAUGCCCUUCUGUUGGGUGCUGCUGCCCAGGGUGGAGACUGCGGAAAGGACUGAACGGCAAAGGAAUGGCUGGGUGAAGGGAGCUGGUGGUCUCGGGUCCCCCAGACCAGAGAGGUACACACAGAAUAGUGCUGCCAGGACCUCAGCAUAUAGGUCUCUGCAGCUCUGGGUGCCGGCCUUUGGCCAGCUGCCCAAUCCCCACCCACUGUGCUCAGGACUUCCUGUUCUCCAGCUGCAACCACGUCGGGGGUGGGGGGGCUGCUCCCAAUCGGCCCGGUCCUCUGCACUACUCUCCCAGCGGCCUCUGACACAUAGGACCCCCUCAACCUCAGCCUGCGGCGAUUGUCCCAUCCCUGCUGCUUGGGCAGGGCCAUCACUGCCGAUCCGGUUCAUUGUGCAUGCCAGAUAGCAGGAGCGCUGCCGGUAUCCAGAGCUCCGAUUUGGAAUUAAAUUGCUUCAUUUUCUCAA